AUGUCAAAGGUCAAGUUUGUCGAGGUCGUACCUGAUGAUGAUGAGUACGAUGAUGACGAUCAGGAAGCAGCGGAUAAUGGUGCACAGGCACAAUCACAAUCACAACUACAACAAAGAUCAAAACAGAAUGAUAGAGAUAGAGUACAAAGUACAAAGGCAUCACAGAGGAAGUUAAAGUCAUUGUUCAAACCGGAUGUGACAAUUGGAUCGGUGUACACGGGUGGCCCCGCAGCACUCUCGACCAACUCGGCCUACGUGGUGACGUGCUGCUCGAACAAGUUGUGCUUUGUAUCGACUCGCGAUGGCGUCGAGACACGUCCACCCCUGGUCAUGGACGCCAAGAUCAGCGCAUUCGCAUUGAGCCCCGCCAAUGACAAGGUGGUCGUGGCGCUCAGCAACCUACAGAUGCACGUCUACGAUAUCUCGCAAGACCAUCACACAUUGCUCGAGAAGGAGCGUUUGGAUAAAGAGUCAUCCCAUUCUUCACACGACAGUGAGGACACUGACAACACACUCACAUCACGAUCACUCAUACGAAUGUGGAAGGGUCAGGACACACACAUCAACUCGAUCGACUUCCACUCAUCUGGCGGUCUGAUCGCCACUGGCGCGUCCGAUGGUUCAGUUCGCAUCUGGGACGUCGAUCAAGGUUAUUGCACUCACAAUCUAAGAGACGAGGCAUCUACUGGAGUCGUUAGUAUAGUCAAGUUCCAUCCAAACACAUUAAGGGUGGUGGCCGUGUCAGAUGACUGUAUAAUUAGAGUGUGGAACUUGACGAACAAGUCCUGCAUGUUGUUGGAGAAUCACAUGUCGGUGGUGUCAGGCAUCGCCUUUUCCAAUUCGUCAAAGGAACUUAUCUCUGCUGGACGUGACAAGGUACUCAACCUAUGGGAUCUCAAGACUGGCAAGCUCAUAAAGACUGUCCCCAUCAUGCAAGAGCUUGGUGGCAUUGUCUCCCUCCCCCAAUCCUUCUACAGCAGCGAUGUCAUGCCCGAUAUGUUCAAGUCCAAGUUGGCCAACAUCAAGAACAAACUAAAGUCAUCGACACAGUUUGCAGAGAAGAUCGCUGUUGAUGAUGUGACCAUUGUCAUUGGUGGAUAUGAUGUGAUGCGUGCUUGGUGUAUGGAGACUGGAGAAUGCAUUUGGAAUGAUGGCGAUGUUGAAUUCAAGAAGAAGGAUGACAAAGAGAUGGAGCAAGACCCAUUAUUCACCAUCACCAAUGUGCUGAAUAAUGGAGAUACAUUUGCAGCGAUCACUUCGGAACAUAAUAUUGUUAUUUAUGAUUAUGAUUCAUUGGACAAACGUAAUGAGAUCAUUGGAUACAAUGACGAGAUUGUGGACAUCAAGUAUAUAAAUGCCAAUGAGAUUGCCGUGGCUACCAACUCAAACGAAAUUCGUUGCUAUGACUUGACGACAAAGAAAUCAUAUACACUUAGAGGUCAUAGUGACUUGGUGAUGGCAAUCGAUGUUUCACAUGAUGGAAAGCAAUUGGUAUCAGCUUCAAGAGAUAAUACUGUUAGGCUGUGGGACUUGGAGAAUCAGAAGUGUCUGAGCAUUGGCAAGGGCCACACAGGCGUAGUGACCUGCAUUGCCAUGUCAAAGAAGGGCGCCAACUUUGCCCUGUCAGGCAGUGAGGACAGGACCAUCAAGCUGUGGAAGUGGUCGCCCAGGACCAAGCAACUUGAGGUGCAGGCAACGAUCAUCGCUCAUGAAAAGGACAUCAACUCACUCAACAUCGCACCCAACGACAAGAUCUUUGCUUCGGGCUCGCAGGACUCGUUCGUCAAGCUGUGGAAUGUGUCUGACCUGAAGUCAGUCGCUUCGUUCAAGGCUCACAAGAGAGGAGUGUGGAAUGUGGAGUUCUCGCCGGUGGACCAAUGUAUCAUGUCGGCCUCGGCCGAUGGCACUAUCAAGAUCUGGUCGCUCAAGGACAUGUCGUGUCUCAAGACAUUCGAGGGACAUAAUGGAUCGGUGUUGCGAGCAUCCUUCAUUACAUUUGGUAUGCAGAUCGUGUCUGUUGGCGCCGAUGGACUGGUCAAGCUGUGGACAAUCAAGACGAAUGAAUGUGUCAACACUUUCGAGAGCCACGAUGCCAAGAUCUGGGCAUUGGCCAUGGCACCCGGUGCCACUCGCGGAGAUCAGCAACAAUUCAUCACAGGUUCAUCAGACUCCAAGAUCAUUAUUUGGAACGAUCACACCAUACUCGAGGAGGAGAAGGUACUCAAAGAGAAGGAGGAGGCUAUCAAGAAUCAACAAUCUUUGGAUACAUCUUUGAGGAAGAAGGAUUAUAGACGCGCAAUCAAGUUGUCAUUGAUACUCAAUCAACCUAAUCAAACAUUGAGGAUAUUCCAGAAUAUUCUAGAGACUGAGGAUGGACAGACUAUUGCCAGGAACACGCUCAACACACUGCCCAUUGCCGACAAUGUCAAGAUACUCAAGUACGUCCGUGAUUGGAACACCAACUCCAAGUUUGUUGAGGUCGCUCAGACCAUCCUUCAAUUGAUAAUCACAUUGUUCCACCCAAGUGAGCUUACAAAGGUUAAGGAGAUGCCACAGUUGCUGGAAUCAUUGAUACCAUAUAACGAAAGACAUUUCCAGAGAAUCGACAGGAUAUUACAAAAGACUUAUUUGUUGGACUUUACCAUCGCCUCGAUCAAUCCUGCUGCCAGUGAUUUGCUGAAGCAGGACCAAUAG